AUAAUCGGUUUCUUACCUUCUACAACCCCAACAACAUAUUAUAUGUAUUAUCAUAUAGAAAGGUACGGCAAAAUAUAAAAAAAGACCGGAGACUUGAUGACCGGAGAUCAUAUAUAUGAGCUAGCUGAAUUUGUGUACUUGUAACGAAGCUCUGAAACUCUCUGUAAGACCUGUCUUGAAGCCAUGGCGGAGUUGAUCCUCUCUCCGAUUGCUGACAAAAUCAUUGGGCGUUUGGGAUGUGAAGCUGUGAAGCAGAUCUCUCGAGUUUGGGGUGUGAAGGAUGCGCUUGAACAGCUCAAAGAAACCAUUUCAACAAUCCAAGCAGUGCUUCUCGACGCUGAGCUGAAGCAGUCCCACAACAACCAAGUCAACAACUGGCUCCACAGGCUGGGCAAUGCAGUUCUUGAAGCCGACGACUUGAUGGACGAGAUCAACACUGAAGCUUUGCGAUGCCAACUCAUGUCUCCCAACCAAAUGGCCAACCGGGUAUGCACUUUCUUUUCCGGUUCCAACCAACUUGUUUUUAAGUUCAAGAUGAGUUGUAGAAUAGAAGGCAUCAAUAAAAAACUAGCUACCAUUUCCAGUGAUAGGAACUUCCUUUUGGAGAAAGGACGUGAAGAGACCCCGAGUGUUAGGAGAGUGAGAGAUACUCACUCCUAUGUACGUAAGGAAGAUGUUAUUGGGAGAGAAGAAGAUAUAUCAGUUAUCAUAAAUAAGUUUUUGUUGGAAAGUUGUGAAGAAAGUGUCUUGGUGCUAGCCAUUGUAGGCAUAGGUGGGUUAGGAAAAACCACUCUUGCUCAAAGUGUUUUUAAUGAUGAACAAGUCCAAAAGCAUUUCGAGUUAAAGAUUUGGGUAUGCGUGUCUGAUAAUUUUGACUUGAAAUUAAUUGUGAAAAGCAUCAUUGAGUCUGCGAAAGGUGAGAAUAAUGUGGGAGACAUAGGAAUGGAGCCGCUACGGAAGAAACUUGGGGAAGUACUUGGUGGCAAGCGGUAUUUUCUUGUACUAGAUGAUAUGUGGGAGGAAAAUCGUAAUAAGUUGUUGGAGUUAAAAACUUUAAUCACAAGUGGUGAAAAUGUAGGGAGUAGAGUUGUAGUAACUACUCGGAGUGAAAAGAGUGCUAAAUUUAUAGCUAGCAAACAACAACCAUAUCAAUUGGGGAUUCUUGAUGAAGAUCAAUCUUGGUCUCUAUUUAGAAAAGUUGCUUUUGAAGAUGGAUCACAAGAGCUCGAAAACACUAGUAUUGUGAAGAUUGGAAAGGAGAUUGUGGAAAGGUGCAAAGGAAUCCCCCUAGCUAUAAAAACAAUAGGAAAUCUAUUGUAUGGUAAAAGUAAGGAAUCAGAGUGGUCUUCUUUUAAUAAGGAAUUUUCAAAAAUAUCAGAACAACAAGACGAUGAUAUCUUACCUACCCUUAGAUUGAGCUAUGAUCAUCUUGCCUCCCAUUUGAAACUUUGUUUUGCCUAUUGUAGUUUAUUUCCUAAAGACUACAAUAUUGAGGUAAAAACUUUAGUUAACCUUUGGAUGGCGCAAGGAUUUCUUAAGCUAUUAGAUCCAAGUCAAGAUCAAUGUUUGGAGGAUGUGGGUUACGAAUGGUUUAUGAAUUUGUUGGAAGGGUCAUUCUUUCAAGAUGUUGAAGUAGAUAAAUGUGGCAUUAUAAAAAGAUGCAAAAUGCAUGAUCUGAUGCAUGAUCUUGCAGUUCAAGUAGCAGGAGCAGAAUGUGCUACUUUUGCAAAUAUCAAGGAAACUACUCAUCACGUGUCCUUUACAAGUCAUACUUACUCCAAAAGUGAAAUAUCAGCUUCGUUGGCGCAUGCUAAAAUGAUUCGAACAAUUCUUCACUUUUCUGCUUCGAACGACCAUACAUUUUGCAAUGCAAUUAUAUCAAACUGUAAGUCCAUACGUUGUUUGGAUUUGAAUACUUCAAGGAUGAAGUUAGUAUCAAAUUCUAUUGGCAAGUUGAAACACUUGAGAUAUUUAGAUCUCUCGUGGAAUUCUAGACUCAACAUACUUCCCAAUUCAAUUACUAAUUUGCUGAAUUUGCAAACACUGAAACUCAAUAAAUGGUCACAACUUCAAGAACUACCUAGAGAUAUUGAGAAACUCAUCAAUCUUAGGCAUCUUGAACUUUCUUCAUGUGGCAAAUUAAAUUCUUUGCCAAGUGGACUAGGUCAGUUGAUGCAAUUGAGGUACUUGAAACUUUCUUGGAAUGAUGGUUUAUUGUCAAUACCAGAUUCAACUAGUGGUUUGUCGAAUUUGGAAACACUGAAUCUCAAUGGUUGCUCACAACUCCAAGAACUACCUAGAGAUAUUGAGAAACUCAUCAACCUUAAGCAUCUGGAAAUUUAUUGUUGUGAUAAAUUGGAGUAUGUGCCAUGUGGAUUGGGCCAACUAAUUAAUCUUCAGACAUUAUCGAGUUACAUGCUAAUGAAGAGAAAGAAAUCUAUCCCAAGGCAUGGUGGUGAGCUGAAAGAAUUGAUGAGACUGAACAACUUGAGAGGUGAUUUGGAAGUUAAAAAUUUGAGCCAUGAAAAAGAUGUGGCAACAGAGUAUGGGAGUGCAGAAUUAAAGCAUAAAAAAUAUCUUCGAUCUCUGACAUUGGAGUGGGAUUCUCAUGUUGAAAUUGAUGAGGCAGAGGCCAUUGUUGGUUAUGAAAUGUCAAUGGAAGGCCUUCAGCCACACGAAAAUCUUCUAGAACUAUGGUUAGAAAAUUAUGGGGGUGUCAAGCUCUCCAACUGGAUCUCAUCACUUACAAACUUGGUCAACUUAACUUUGAUAAAUUGCAAGAAAUGUGAGUAUCUAGUUUCAUUGAAUCAAUUCCACUGUCUCAAGGUUUUGAAACUUUGGAGGUUGGAGUCUUUAGAGUACAUAUCAAACAAUAGUUGCAAUGAAGACGUAUCUGCGUCAACAAAAACAUUAUUGCCAUCUCUACAGAACCUUGUGUUAAUUGGGUUGCCUAAUCUAAAGGGAUGGUGGAGAGAGAUUGUAAUUAGUGGUGAAGAAGAAGUUGAUCAUUCUUUUGCUGCUGCAAAUGAAGAAGACAAACACAUGUCCUCGCCUUGUCUCCCUUCUCUUUCUAAAUUACAAAUACAAGAUUGUGCUAGGUUGACUUGCUUGCCACUUUACCCACAGUUGGAACAGCUGACUCUGAAGAAUAGCAGAUUGAAGCCAUUGGAAAAGACAUUAAGAAUGAAGAUGAUGAUGAGCAGUAGCGCUGCAUCUUCUUUCUCUCCUCUCUCCAAAUUGAAAACACUACAUCUAACUAAGAUUGAGGAUCUAGAAUGUCUUCCGGAUUGGUUCGAAGGCCUUACUUCUUCUCUCAAUAAAUUGUAUAUUUGGGAUUGCCCUAAAUUGAAGGAUUUGUGUCCAGGUAUUCUACAUCUCUCGUCACUUCAAAAUCUGUGGAUUUCAAAAUGCGAGGGGUUAGCAGACAUGCUUAAUGGUGAUGAUGGCAUUAUGUGGAAAGCCCUAAAUGGAAGACUCCACUCGCUACAACUAUGGUCUUUGCCAAAUAUAGUGACUGUUCUUCCUAAGGGUAUCCAACAUCUUACAAGUCUGCAACAACUUGAAGUUUUAGGUAGUGAUAGUCUGACAACAAUUCCAGAGUGGAUCCACAACCUCAAAUCACUUAAGAAUCUUGAGUUUAAUGGAUGCCCCAAUCUGGCAUCAUUCCCUGAAGGAAUUAGAAGCCUCACCAAUUUGAACUCACUGACCAUUAGCAUUUGUCCCAUGUUAUUGAAGAGAUGCAAAAGGGAAAUAGGUGAAGAUUGGGAUAAGAUUUCCCAUAUACAAAACUUGGAGUUAGACGAAGAAGAAAAUGAGGUUACUUUGGAGAGGAUGCAUGACCAUGAGGGUUAUAGAAGCAAUGAGAUGAUCCAAAGAAAAAUAUGA